GCGAGACGCCCCGCGCCCGCCCUCCUUCCCCUCUGCAGGAGGCGGCCAGAGGAGCCGGCAGGGAUGCUGGCUGCGCGGCGUCCCCCCGACGUCCUCCGCCGGCCUCGCCCGCGCCAUGCGUAGGAGUCCGGGCCACCGCCAGCGGGACCUUCCCCUCCCUCCGCCGGCCGGAGAGCCCCCUUGGGCGGCCGGGCGGCCGGGCUGCUGCGGGGUCGGCAUGGCCCGCCGAGACCUCCUCCUGUUGACCUUGGCCGGGCUGCUGCUGGAGGCCUGGAGUGGAGGCCACGCGGCGGGCACCAGGCAGCCCCGCUUGCGCCUGGCGCACAGAGAGCUGUGGGAUAUGAACCGGACGUCGGUCUUUCAUAGUCCGUCUGGAUCGCUUGGCCUUCAUGUGAUGCUAGUGGACGAGUAUCAAGAUCGGCUCUUUAUUGGAGGAAAAAACCUGAUCUAUUCCCUCAGCUUAGACCGAGUCAGUGAAAAUUACAGAGAGAUUCACUGGCCCAGCAGCUCCCAGCAGGUGGAAGAAUGCACCAUCAAAGGGAGAUCUACGGAGGAAUGUGCAAAUCACAUCUGUGCUUUACACCGAUACAACCGAACACACCUGCUGGCCUGUGGAACGGGAGCCUUCGACCCCGUCUGCGCCUUCGUCAGAGCCGGCCAUCAGUCGGAGGGUCACCUCUUUCACCUAGAAGCUCACCGAUUAGAGAAAGGGAGGGGCAGAUGUCCAUACGCGCCAAGUUCUUCCUUCAUGUCCACUUUAUAUGGAAGCGAACUGUUUACUGGGCUGUACAGUGAUUACUGGGGGAGAGACGCUGCCAUCUUCCGCCUAAUGGGCCGCCUGGGUCACAUCCGGACCGAGCCUGACGAUGAACGGCUGCUGAAAGAACCCAAAUUUGUUAGUUCCCACGUGAUUCCUGACAACGAAGACCGGGAAGAUAACAAGGUGUAUUUCUUCUUCACCGAGAAAGCCUUGGAGGCAGAAGCAGGGGCCCAUGCGCUCUAUGCCAGGGUGGGCCGGGUCUGUGCGAACGACAUGGGAGGACAAAGGAUGCUGGUGAAUAAGUGGACCACGUUCCUCAAAGCCAGACUGGCGUGUUCUGUACCCGGGGUGAAUGGCAUCGACACGCAUUUUGACGAGUUGGGUGCCAGCUUCCAUUAUUUUUAUGGAAAUUUCUUCCAAAAGACAACAAAUCUACGUUGGGUCGGAGUCUGCGGUUGCACAGGUGAAGUUCCACCAGUGUGACAUGUAUGGGACGGCUUGCGCCGACUGCUGCCUGGCAAGAGAUCCCUACUGUGCCUGGGAUGGGAUCUCCUGUUCCAGAUAUUAUCCCACAGGGACACAGACGAAAAGACGCUUCCGUAGACAAGAUAUCCGUCACGGAAACGCAGCUCAGCAGUGCCUCGGCCAGCAGUUGAUAGGAGACGCCUCGGGCAAAGCAGAGGAGCGGCUGGUGUACGGCAUAGAGCACAACAGCACCCUCCUGGAGUGCGUCCCCAGGACCCUGCAGGCCAAAGUGAUGUGGCUUGUGCAGAGAGCGCACGAAGCCCGGAAGGAAGAGGUGAAGGCUGAUGAGAGGAUCCUUAAAAUGGACAUCGGGCUCUUGUUUCUAAGACUGCACCGGAUGGAUGCUGGGACGUAUUUUUGCCAGACGGUGGAGCACAGCAUUGUUCACACGGUGAGAAAAAUCACCCUGGAAGUGGUGGAAGAGGAGCGUGUAGAUUACAUGUUCAGCAAGGACUACGAAGAGGAGCUGGCUCAGAAAAUGCCCUGCCCUGCCCAGAGCAGCAUCUCCCACGGAUCGAAGCCCUGGUACAAGGAGUUCCUGCAACUCAUAGGAUACAGCAAUUUUCAGAGAGUGGAGGAAUAUUGCGAAAAAGUCUGGUGCACAGACAAGAAGAGGAAAAAGCUGAAAAUGACUCCAUCCAAGUGGAAGUAUGCCAAUCCACCAGAGAAAAAGGCCCGUGUCAAAUCGGAGCAUUACCGAGUUCCCAGGCACACCCAGGCUGACUCCUGAUGGGGGGGAGAUCCCGUAAUAUCGUUCAGCCCCCCCCCCCCAAAACAAAUCCAUCCGGGAGACCUUUGUGGCGUUUGGACCCAGUGGGGGGGGGAGGGGAUGUUGAGACUGGAGAUGAGCUGAAGUGCUUUUAGUAAGUUAUAUACUUGAUGUCUAUUUAGAUGCAUUUUUUAAAAAGAAAACCUACUUAAUUGUUGAAUUUUAAUUGUAGCAUUAUGAAUCAAGCUUCAAUUGGAAGACAAUCUGACAAUCUUCAUAUUCAGCAUUUAGUCCAAUUAAUCACGGACUUGCUUGCACUGUAUAUUUUAGUGUACUUCGGGGUAUUUAAGUGAGUUCAGAUUGCUGAUGUUUUGAUAAGCAAAGCAACAGGGAAUUGUAUCGUUUGGGUUUUUUUUAUUUAAAACAUAGCUAUAAUUGAUUUCCAUGUGGCGGAUCCUAAAGCCUCGUUCUAAAUUCUAGAAAUUUUACAGUUUUACCUUCCGAAAAGCAUGUUUCUAAUUCUUGCUCGGUUUGCCUAUGUGAGUUCAUGGGAGGAGUGGAGAGCAGGAAGAAGGUAAUCAUAAAUACAAGCGGAAAAACAAAGGAAAAGCAAAACUGUCUGGGCAGUGCAGCGGAGCACAUCUGCGGAAGCCAUGAGGCGGCGUCUUCCUUGCCAUGGACACAUUAGCAGGCGCGAAGAAAGCAUUGCUGUCGAGCUUUCCUGAACUGAGCCCAACUAUUCCACUGAUGGCUUCCGGUGCCUUGUGCCAAGAAGGGGAGCAGACCAUCCCAGGUCCACCCUGUGGGGACCAUUUAAGAGCUCGAGAGGAUCAGGAUACAGGCUGACAAAACAAGGUUUAAAGUCAGCCAUGUGUGUGAAUAUGAUGGGUAUAUUAAAGAGAACAUCUUGCCAGAA